AUGUCUGUAUACUUUUAUAUUCCAAAUCUAAUUGGAUAUGCAAGAGUGAUAUGUGCUCUUGUCUUUUGUUACACAGGAAGCUUUGAUCCAAUUGUCUCAGCUGUUGCUUACUCUGUGAGUUAAUUGGGUGAUCUUUUUGAUGGAAUGGCUGCCAGAAAGUUCAAUUAAUGCAGUGUUUUUGGAAGUGUCUUAGACAUGGUAUUUCUUAUGAUUAAUAUCUCUAGGUCACUGAUAGAUUCUCUAAUGCUUGUUUGUUGGCAGUACUCUAUAAAUUAUAUCCCACCAUUGGAUUUUUGUUUUUAUGGGCAUUGGCCUUGGAUUUAUGUAGUCAUUGGUAUCAGAUGUACUCUACUUUAUAUUGUAAUGAAAAACAUCACAAAACAGCAGUCUCUAAAUACAAAAUUCUAGAGAUAUAUUACAAAGUACCAUAUAUGCUAUUCAUCAUGGUUUUAUUAAGCGAAGUAAUUAUAAUUCAUAUUUACAUUAAAGACUGCAAUGGUAACUUUGUAUUUGAAUGUAUUUAUUGAUUGGUUUUUCAUUUAAGCAUUAAUGUACGUAUCAGUUCCAUUCUUAUGCUUAAAACAUGUAAAAUAUUUAAUCAUCAUUUUAAUUAGUAUAUCAAUUUUAUUCAACUGAUGAGUGCUUCAGAUAAAAUUAUAGAAAAAGAAUCAAACAUUUAUUGA